AUGAAGUCGGCAUUGCUCUGGGCGGUGCAGCUCUCGCUGCUGGCAGGCCUCGGUGCCUCUCGCAGAAACGUGGAGCAGGUCUUGAGCAUCCCUACAGGAUGGACAAAGUUCCAGGAUGUCGUCAACCCUGCGCGCCACAUGCGGCUGUCGAUUGCCCUGCGGCAGCCCAACAUUGAUCAAUUGGAGGCCAAGAUGACAGAAAACGACAAUCGGCUGUCGUUGGAGGAAAUCCAGCAGCUGCAGGCCCCUGAUCAGAAGGAUGUUGACGCCGUGCUACAGUGGCUGUCUCAGAACAACCUCAAGGGCGAGGUCGACAACAACUUCAUCCACGUCACGACGACCGUGGCCCAGGCAGAGCCCUUGCUGGGGAUGAAGUACACGGUGCCCGACUCUGUCGCCGGCUCCAUCAGCUUCAUCCACCCCCUGGCCAACUUCAUGACUGCUCGCCACAAGCCAGAGCUCCUGUCUGCACCGCCAAAGCCUGCGUCCAAAGCCGCUGCUGCCGACGAAGACAACAUUAUAUAUUGCCCUGGCAGCGUCACGCCCUCGUGCCUUUCCCAGCUCUACAACAUUUCAUCGUAUAAGCCUGCCGACAACAAGUCACCCGUCAUCUUUGGCGUGGCUGGGUUCCUUGAGGAAAACGCCAACCUCCUGGAUUUACAGCAGUUCCUCAACACGGCUGCGCCCAAUGUCGCCCAGGCGGGGAAAUCCAUCACCGUUGAGCUGGUGAAUGGCGGCGUCAACUCGCAAGACCUGGCCGAGUCUGGCCAUGAAGCGGCGCUGGACGUAGACUACGCCGUGUCUGUGGGCUUCCCUACAAACGUCACAUACUACGCUACAGGUGGACGAGGCGUCAAGCUGGACGACAACGGACAGCCCAUCUCGGGCGAAGACGACGACAACGAGCCCUACCUGGAAUUCUUCAGAUACCUGCUGGCCAAGCCUGACCACCAGGUGCCCCACGUCCUGUCGUUGUCGUACUCUGACGACGAGUUGUCCGUGCCUCGAGAAUAUGCCAAGCACGUCUGCAGCCUGUUUGGCCUGCUCACGGCCCGUGGAACGUCCAUCAUCUUCUCGUCUGGCGAUGGCGGUGCUCGAGGCGGCCGCGACUCAUCGUGCCUCACCAACGACGGCACCAAGCGGCCCGUCGCAAUGGCAACUUUCCCUCCUACCUGUCCGUGGGUGACUUCUGUCGGUGCCGUCACCAAUGGCGCAGAGCCGCCAUCCGGAGCCAGCUUCAGCACCGGUGGUUUCUCCCAAUACUUUGCCCGGCCGCAUUGGCAGGACAGCUCUGUCAAGAACUACGUCCAGGCGCUCAACGGCCGACUGGACGGCCUGUAUGACCCAUCCAUGCGCGCCAUCCCCGACAUCUCCGCGGUUGGUACUUCCUUCAUGAUCAUUGCGAGCGGAAUCCCGCACUUCUUGCAGGGCACCAGCGCGAGUGCUCCCGUGUUCGCCUCGAUGGUUGCGCUCAUCAACGAUGCCCGACUGCGCGCCGGCAAGAGAUCGCUCGGGUGGCUGAACCAGCAUCUGUACUCUGACAAGGUCAAGAAUGUUUUGCAGGACAUUACUGUAGGGAAGAGCCUUUCCUGCGUGUUUAACGAUACGGAGGUGCCAGGAGGAUGGCCGGCGGCGCCGGGAUGGGAUGCCAUUACUGGGCUGGGCGUGCCCAAGGAGUUUGACAAGUUUUUGAAGGUGCUUUAUGAUGUAUGA